UCUUCCUUUCUCCUUUUUGUUUUUGUUUAAUCGAAAAAAAAAGAAAAAAAUGAAGAGCAGCACAAACACUAAUUUGAUCCUCUUCCACCACCACCACCACCACACUCCUUUAACCUCAAAAUCAGCUUCCGCCGUCGCCGCCGCGAAUCACCACCGUCUCUUAUUCAUCCUCUUCAUAUCUUUCUUCACUCUCCUCUUCUAUUUCUCUCUCUUCUCUUCCUCUCUCCACUCCACUACAACAACCUCCCACUCUCUCUCCUCAUCUUCACCAUCCUCCUCCCUCUCACCACCGAUCCUUGCCGCACUCCUCCACUACACUUCCUCAUCUCCACCAAACAUCUCAAUGUCCUUCUCCGAACUCUCCGCCAUCUCCACCGUCAUUAACUCAAAAUCCCCCACCUGUAACCUCCUCGUCUUUGGCCUAACCCACGAAUCUCUCUUCUGGAGAUCCAUAAAUCUCAAAGGCCGUACCGUCUUCGUCGACGAAAACCCUUACGCCGUUUCCAAAUUCGAGCAGAGUAAUCCCGGAGCUGAAGCUUACGACGUCGUUUUCUCGACUAAAGUCUCUCAAGCCGGUAAGCUUUUGGGUUAUUAUAAAACCCGACCCGAAUGUCGUCCCGUUCAGAAUCUAUUGUUCUCGGAUUGUAAACUGGGGAUCAACGAUUUACCCAAUUUUGUCUAUGAGAUCGAUUGGGACGUGAUUUUGGUAGACGGGCCUCGUGGGUACGCCGGAGAUUCGCCGGGAAGGAUGGCUCCGAUAUUUACUUCGGCGGUUUUGGCGAAGAGUAGAGAUUCCGGGAAGAAGACGGAUAUUUUUGUACAUGAGUUUGGGAGAGAGAUUGAGAGAGUUUACAGUGAGGAGUUUCUAUGUGAGGAGAAUCUGAUUGAGGUCGUCGGAGAUUUAGGGCAUUUCGUUGUGGCGGCGGAGGAAAGGAAGAAUCAGAGUAACAGUGGGUUUUGUCGGAAUUCGACGAAAUUGUCGGAGCCUUUUACGCCGGUAAGUAGUGGCGAUGAAGAGGUCGGUGUUGAUGAUGACUGAAAGUGGGUUACUUUUGGUCUUGGGUGGCUCUUUUGUAAUUAACUUAGAUAUUGAGGGUUUCUUUUUUAAAAUGUCGUUUAGUCUUUUCGUUUGUUUUUCAUUUUGGAGACGGUUACACUUGAAACCUUGGGAGUACAAGAUGUAUCCUAAAAUCCAAAAACAAAUGUCAUUCCAUUGAUGAAAAAACAUACAAAAU